AUGGAUUUAUUAUUUAAAAGAAUAUUAAAUUCUUUAGAGUUGAGAAGAAUUAUAUUUAAAAGUGUUAAAGAUAUUCACGAUCAACAAACAGUAAAUUCUUUAAGAUGUGAUUGUACGAUCUCCAAAUUUAAACAAUUAUACAACGAAUCAUUCGAAACAGCUAUCACAUGUGGUUCGACAAUCGAGUUGGUAGAAUUCCUUCAUGAUUCAUUUAAAGGUGAAAUAGAUUAUAAGAAGAGACUUCUUUAUUAUCAUUAUCAGAGUAACCUUCCACUGAUUAAAUUUCUUCAUGAGAAUGUCAGUGGCUGGUUCGAGUCAUUGGGUACAAGAGUUAUGGAUGUUGCUGCAUGUUCCAGCUUGGAAGUUGUAGAGUUCCUUCAUUUCAAUAGGAGCGAAGGUUGUACCACUGAUGCUCUUGAUAACGCCAGUAAAAUGGGUAGAUUCGAUAUUGUCCAGUUUCUCCAUUCUCAUCGCACAGAAGGUUGUUCAGUGGUAGCAUUAGAUUCUGCUCCUUCAUUUGGUAGUUUGGAAUUGGUGAUGUUUCUCCACUACAAUAGAAGUGAAGGAUGUACCACCAAAGCAGUAGACAAUGCCGCUGAGAAUGGCUAUUUGGAAAUAGUUAGGUUCUUAAUUGAGAACAGAACAGAAGGUUUUACAAAUCACGCAAUCUACUAUUCUGCAAUAUAUGGACAUUUGGAAAUACUGAAGUAUCUCAUGGCGAAUAUACCUGAAACAUUGGAAAUCUCUUUAACCUCAUCACUUUUAGGACAAUGUAAACAACCUGUAUUCCAAUACUUGAUAGAGAAUACCAGUGCCAGUCAAGUCAUUUCCUCAAGUACAAUGGAUUGUGCAGCGUGUAGAGGUGACCUAGAAUUCAUUAAGUAUCUUCAUUUCAACAGGAGUGAGGGAUGCUCAUCCGAUUGUCUACAUAAUGCAGCUGUCAACGGACAUUUGCAAGUGGUGAAGUUCCUCAAUGAGAAUCGUACCGAAGGUUGUAAGUCGAAUACAAUGUCGUUGACAGCGAGCAACGGUCAUUUCGAAACAUUCAAAUAUCUCAUGGAAUUCAGUAGAUUCAAUCUAAGAUGUUCGGAAUCAGUGAUUGACUAUUUUGCCAACUACAAAGAUACGACAGCACUCCAAUGGCUGAAGGACAAUACAACAUUGAAAUGUACUGUUUUUGCUUACAGGAAUGCUAUUGAAUCCGGUAAUCUUGCAACACUUCAAUGGGUUCGCGAAAAUACUACACACCCAAUUCCACUAUUCGCAAUGGAUUGCGCUGCUUCUCCUAACAGAAACAACUUGUCAAUAUUAAAGUAUAUUCAUGAUAAUGGUGGUAAAUGUACGAAAAAUGCAAUGAAUCUCGCUUCUAGUUUACCAAUCAUCACAUUUCUUCAUUAUAAUCGUAGUGAAGGUUGUAGUUCCAAAGCAAUGUAUCGAGCAAUAUGCAAUGAUAACGUUCCAAUUAUCAAAUUCCUUGAUCAAAACACAACAGAUCACCUAAAUACAUCUUAUAUUGAAUUGAACGAUGAAAAGACAUUUGAUUUUCUCGCCAGAAGGGAGCUAAUCAAACAAUUAAAAAUAUAA